UUCGCACCAUGCUGAAGUUCGUGAUCUUGUUGUCCGCAGUUGCCUGCGCCCUGGCUGGCACCGUCCCCGAGGGACUCCUGCCCCAGUUGGAUGGUCGCAUUGUCGGCGGCACCACCACCACCAUCAGCAGCUUCCCCUGGCAGAUCUCCCUGCAGCGCAGUGGCAGCCACUCCUGCGGAGGCUCCAUCUACUCCAGCAACAUCAUCGUGACCGCCGCUCACUGCCUGCAGUCCGUGUCCGCCUCCGUCCUGCAGGUCCGCGCUGGAUCCUCCUACUGGAACUCUGGUGGCGUCACCGUCUCCGUUGCCUCCUUCAAGAACCACGAGGGCUACAACGCCAACACCAUGGUCAACGACAUCGCCAUCGUCAGGCUGAGCAGCAACCUGAGCUUCAGCUCCACCAUCAAGGCCAUCGGUCUGGCUAGCUCCAACCCCGCCAACGGCGCUGCUGCCACCGUCUCCGGCUGGGGCACCCAGUCCUACGGAUCCAGCUCCAUCCCCUCCCAGCUGCAGUACGUGAACGUGAACAUCGUCAGCCAGUCCAACUGCGCUUCCUCCACCUACGGAUACGGCAGCCAGAUCAAGAGCACCAUGAUCUGCGCCUACUCCAGCGGCAAGGAUGCCUGCCAGGGUGACUCCGGCGGCCCUCUGGUCUCCGGUGGAGUCCUCGUUGGUGUCGUCUCCUGGGGAUACGGUUGCGCUUACGCCAACUACCCCGGUGUCUACGCCGAUGUCGCUGCUCUCCGCUCCUGGGUGGUCAGCAACGCCUAAGAACUUUGCGAAAUAAAACGAACUUCCCGAUUAUAA